UCGGAGUGGUUUUAUCGGAGAAUCCGCGGCGGAGACCGUGGCGAGAGAGGGAGACCGACGUCAUUUCCUCACUCGGCCUCCUGCAAACGCCGAAUUUCUUCUCGGAGGCGAACUCCCAGCAACUGAACCGAAGCGUACACAGCAACCCUUGACCCCGGCCAUCCGAGCCUUUCCAGCGCACACGCAACAGUCCCGCGCAACAGUCCCUGUGCUUCUUUGCACGCAGCACAAUUUGAGCGCCAUUAAGGUUCAUUGUAUCGCCGGUAAAUUAUUCUGCGCAAUUGCAGUGAAAAAGGAGGGAGUUCAUCGACCGUGUUGGGCUUUGCCUGCUUUUGCAAGAUGAGAGCGUCCCUGAUCUCGGGCUCCGCUCGCGCAGCCGCGGACCUCUGCGCCGCCUGCCGGAGAGAGGCGGUCACGGCCCUGACAGCCCGGAGCGCGGCGGCUGGAGCUGCGGCGACGUGGCCUUCGCGACGGACCCUCCGGACAGCUGCGUCGUCGCACAUCCAAAGUACUGCAGCCGCCGCCGCCGCCGCUCGGCGCUGGGGUUCAACAGCAUCCCAGUCCCGGGACAGCGUCUCAACCGACUCGGCCUCCGCCGCCCCAGCCUCCGGCGAGUCCCCUUCGCCCUCCUCCUCGAUCCCGCUCUACUACGCCCUCUUCCCGGAAACCCUCCCGCACGGCCCCCCGCCGGCCGGCAAGUUCGACAUCGACCUCCGCGCCCUCCGCCGCGAGUUCCUCCGCCUGCAGGCCGCCUCGCAUCCGGACUUCCACCACCACGCCGCCGAGGAGGCGGCGGCGGCGGCGGCGGAAGCGGCCCCAGGCGAUGACUCCUCCUCCUCCUCCGCCCAACACUCGAACGCGAACAACAACAAAUCCGCCGCCCGCCUCCGCGCCGAGGCGCACUCGGCGCUGCUCAACACGGCCUACCGCACGCUGUGCAGCCCGCUGUUGCGCGCGCAGUACCUGCUGCAGACACGGCACGGCGUGGACCUGGCGGGCGACGAGACGGGCAGCGCGAGCGCCAGCGCCAGCGCCGGCGCCGGCGGCGCGUCCGAAAGGAACGACGCGGCGCUGCUGGCCGAGGUGCUGGAGGCGCGCGAGGCCAUCGAGGAGGCCGAGUGCGAGGCCGAUCUGGAGGAGGUGCGCGCCGCCAACGAGCGGCGCGUGCGCGAGUGCGAGCAGAAGCUCGGCGCCGCGCUCGAGGCCGACGACGUCCCCGCCGCCGUGGAGCAGGCGGUCCGGUUGCGCUAUUGGGUUAAUAUCCGGGAGGGCAUCGACGAGUGGGAGAGGGGCAAGCCUGUUGUUUUGCAGCAUUGAAUUCACUGAUUGGGUUCGAUAGGGGGGGAAUCGUUGGAUUGGGUGAGUUACGGGUGAACAGGGUGUGUGAAUGGUUGCGUGCGCGGGAAAGGGGCUGUCUGGUUUGGAAUGGGAAUCUCGGAAGAUAGACGGUUUGGGCUGCUGCUUCGCAGGCGGUGGCCCGCGGCGGGCCCUAGCGAA